AAAGCGGAAUUGUACACAGUCGAUCAGGAAGUAGGGAGUCAGCUGAUUCUAAAGGACGAAAAUUUCUGCUGCGCAACACACACUAGAGCCUGAAGUUCGACUUAAUCCGUGCUGGUGAUUUUGGAGACAACAUGUCGGUGACCAUCAAAGCUUACCUCCUCGGGAAAGAGGACACCCAUAAGGAGAUCCGCCGCUUCGCCGUCGAUCAUGACGUAUCGGCAAGUUUCGAGUACCUGAGCCGCAAGGUGGUGGAUGUUUUCUCAAACCUCCGCAAUGUCUCCUUCCAGAUGUACUACAGAGAUGAGGAUGGGGACCUGAUCGCCUUCUCUUCUGACGAUGAGCUUAUGAUGGGACUGUCUAUGGUCAAGGACGAUACUUUCCGCAUUUUCAUCAAGGAAAAAAAGGAACACAAGCGUGACUUCCCUCAUCAUAUGGACCAAGGGUUCCCCUUCACCACUCCUCCAGGACCACAUCACAUGGGUCCUCCAGGAUACCCCCAUAUGGCUCCUCCUCAUAUGGGGCCACCCCAUAUGGGUCCACCUCAUCACCAACCCAUGGUUCACCCUGGUGUGACUUGUGAUGGUUGUGAGGGACAGGUGGCUGGGACCCGCUUCAAGUGCACCGUGUGCCCCAAUUAUGACCUGUGCUCCACCUGCCAGGCCAAGGGCCUACACAAGGAACAUGCUCUCCUGCCCAUUUUCCACCCCAUGGCCAAUAUGUUUGAGUGGUUUCCUCGUGGCAAAAUGUGGCGCAAGAUGAGGCACUGCAUGUGGGCUGGUGCCCAAGCUCAGGCCCAGACUCAGGCUCAAAACCAGGCCCAACCUGGGCCAUCUGGUUGCCAGGGCGCCUCCCAGCAGGCGAACACGCAGGAAGGCCAAGCUCAAAACGGAGACUCAUCUUCCCAGGCCAAUAUGGAGUACCUGAAGAACAUUGGAGAGGGUGUGGCUGCCUUGCUGAGCCCCCUUGGCAUUGACGUGGACAUUGAUGUAGAGCACGAGGGCAAGAAGGCCAAAGUGACAACUCCAUCUGCUGCCUCAAGUGGACCACCUAGUGGCCGGAGUGAUGGUAGCUCUGGAGGUCUUUCCAAGGGUGCAGAUGGAGGUCCAAGCAGUGUAGGGAGUACCAAUGGGGGGACAAAGGAUCAGAAAGACCAAAAUACUGAUGAUGAUUGGACUCAUCUGAGCUCAAAGGAAGUCGACCCAUCCACAGGCGAGCUCCAGUCACUGAGGAUGGAGGUGGAUGGAGCAAAUGAUAGCCCUGCUCCACUCAGCCACAGCACCACCAUUAACCCAGGCCCCAGUGGUCUGCGCGAGGCUGCAGUCUAUCCACAUCUGCCACAAGACGCUGACCCUCGGCUGGUGGAGUCCCUGUCCCAAAUGCUCUCCAUGGGCUUCACAGAUGAAGGUGGUUGGCUGACUAGACUGCUCCACACCAAGAACUACGACAUUUGUGCCGCUUUGGACACCAUCCAGUACGCCAAGUCCCCAGGUCAACGGAAGUGAAGCACAAACAGCAGCUCCAAAAAAAAACUGGGGGUUAUGUUUACUCAUUGUUCAAACCCCAUGCUAACCCAUUUAACCAUUUCUGCCUUUUUCUAAAUGUGUAACAAAUUCCUUUCAUAAUGCUGACAAUAUAAAUUACUCAGGCAUUUUAAAUGAUACAGAUGUCUAUUUUAUUCAACUUUAUUGAGACCUUACAUUGAAAUUAUGUAAAGAUUAACAUAAAGCUACUAUUAGUCAUACUAUCAUAUUAUAUCAUAUAUAACAUACAUGUUACAGGAUAAAACAACUAAUAGUGAUGUUCCUACUU